AUGAUUAUCACGGAGGUCACCGUACGGCCCCCGAGAGGAAGACAUAAAAAAAAAAGAAAGAAGGAGACAGAGUUCUUUUUCUUUCUUGGACUGGCGGUGCUCGCUCGAGGGGCGGUGGUACCCGCCGUCCCAGCGGUCGCAGCGGCGGUGCCUCUGGCGAAGCUGGAGGAGUUCGACCCGGCGCCGCAGUACAGCUUCGCGUACGACGUGCAGGACGCGGUGACCGGCGACUCCAAGGCUCAGUACGAGACCCGCAACGGCGACAUCGUGCGCGGCAGCUACAGCCUGAUCGAGGCCGACGGUACGCGUCGCAUCGUCGAGUACACCGCGGACCCGAUCAACGGCUUCAACGCGAUCGUCAGUAGAGAACCGGUGGUCGCCGCUAUCGCGGCACCAGUAUUGCCGCUCAGACCAGCCGCGUUGACUCCAGUUGCCGCACCGGCAGUACCCGCCGCUGCCCCGGCGCCGUCGAUUCCCGCCGUCGGGCCCGAUUCCGAUGUCGAGGUACUCGACGCUCGGUCGGGUCCCUUAAAAGUGCAACCAACGACGCGCGAGCGGGAGAUCCAACGUCAACAGCUGCAACAGUUGCAGCGGCUACGGGAGCAACAGCAGCAGCAACAGGAACAGCAACAGCUGCGACAACUGCAGCAACUGCAAGAGCAGCAGAGACGGCCGUCGAAAUUACGGAUCCAACAGCACCAACCACAAGAACAGCAGCAGGAGCAACAGAUCGCGCGACAAUCCGCACGGAUCGUCGGACAGACGGCUGGACAAAUCGAACGACAAGUCGCCAAUCCUCAAUUGAUCGGUCUCCCAGCUACUGCCAAGGCGAUAGCCACGUAUCCCGCUUACCCUUAUGCCGCAUACAGUGCUGCGUACUCCUCGCCGUUCGCCUAUGCCGCACCCCUCAAUGGCCUGGCUUAUACCCCCGCCGCCGCGUUGACGUAAAUCAUCAACUCGUAUCUACCUCGAAUUAUUGUCAUUCCGUGUUAUUUGUUAAGAUUAUU